UGAAUAAUCACAGGGGUGGCGCUUGUAGCCCUUGUGAUGUUGGAGUAUGAUGUUACCUUGUUGAAAUAAUUAACCAUUAGAAAUAAGUGGCAAGUAGCCACCCCUUAAAAACAACUGGUCAGUGCAUAACUGGUCCAAUUUCAUCUAUCAGCUGGACUUGAAAUUUGGCAGAUGCCCAUUGUCUUGUGCCAUUAAAAGAACCCCCAACUCUGCUCGUUAUUUGCUACCGGCUCUGUCCCUUUUCCUCUGCAAAGGGGUGGCGAAUGCCGUCGGUCGACCUUUAAUUUGCAGGGACCAAAGAAUGGCGGUAGCUAAGGAAGCUAGAAAGCUCUCUUCUUCCUUGGCGGCACCUUCUAUACUUUUUGUGCUGCUGCUAACAAUUUACUCAUGUCCUUCUCCUGUCUCGGCUCUGAACACCAUCACCCAUCUUCCAGGAUUUCAUGGAGCCCUGCCCUUCUAUUUGGAAACCGGAUACGUGAAGGUGGACGAAGUGAAUGAUGCGCAGCUUUUCUACUACUUCAUAAAGUCUGAGAGCAAGCCAGAGGAGGACCCUUUAAUGGUGUGGCUGACAGGAGGCCCGGGCUGCUCGGCGUUCUCAGGAUUGGUGUAUGAGAUUGGCCCUCUAAAAUUUGACGUUGCCGGCUAUACCGAAGGCCUACCAACCUUGGUCUACCACCCAUAUUCUUGGACUAAGGUGUGCAACAUCAUCUUUCUCGAUUCGCCGGUGGGAACUGGAUUCUCCUAUUCGAGUGUGGAGAAAAGCUACGAGACGGGAGACACCAAAGCGGCCCGACAAGUCCACACUUUCCUUAGAAAGUGGCUUAUUGAUCACCCGGAGUUCCUUUCCAAUCCACUCUACAUCGGUGGAGAUUCCUAUUCUGGUAUUGUGGUGCCUGUUGUUGCUCAAGAAAUAGCAAAAGGUGAUCGAGAUGGAGAUGAACUGCUUUACAAUCUCAAGGGUUAUAUAGUUGGCAACCCGGGAACAGAUGCGAAGUUUGAUAAUGGGGCAUUUGUCCCAUAUGCUCAUGGGAUGGGACUUAUAUCUGACGAACUUUAUGAGGGGACAGUGCAACAAUGGCAGAGAUGCAACUAUGGCCUACCUUAUGCACACGAUGUCCCAAGUUCUUUAAAGUUUCAUCUAAAUCUGACCAGCAUAGGUUACCGAGCGUUGGUAUACAGUGGUGAUCACGACAUGAUUGUACCCUUUGUGGGCACGCAAGCAUGGAUUAGGUCUCUCAACUUCUCCAUCGUGGAUGACUGGCGGCCAUGGUCUGCAGAUGGGCAAGUUGCAGGGUUCACAAGAACUUACUCAAAUAACCUAACAUUCGCAACGGUGAAGGGUGCGGGACACACGGCUCCAGAAUACCGGCCAAAAGAGUGCUUGGUUAUGCUUCAAAGGUGGCUAUCUGAUGCCCCUCUGUAACAUGAUUAUCCUCCAUAAUUAAGUUGUGAAUAUUGACUCCAAAAUCUGUAGCCUGAUUAUAAUCUGCGGAAGCCAGAGAAUGCUUGGGGUCAGCUGAUAUUUGCUUCAUAAAAAAAUAUCAAUUUGACUUAAACAUACAA